AUGCCAUCAUCUUCAGACACAAGAGUAUCGGACACCUUGGAUCCUAUGGCAGUUGUGUCAGAUGACAAGAUUCUGUCAGAGCGAGAGGUCUACACAUCAGACACCACCAGCACUGAUGACGUUGAUUUCCAGCCGUUCGCGCUGCCAGACGUCGGAGUUGAGCCUGCUGAUGGCAUUCCUGCGGGGGAUUUACCUCAUGCGGUGAUCCCUGCUCCCACACCGCUUGCUGCUUUUCCAGUAGUAGAUAUACCACUCGACGUCGUUUCUGAUGACGACAUUGAUCUGUUCGAGGAGGAUCUGCUUGAGGCUGACUAUGAGGGCAGGGCCCCUAUUGUUGCUAACGUCAUUCUUCCCAUUGCAGAGGCCCCUGUAGAGGAGCUUCCUGUUGGUUCACCUGUCCCAGACUCAUUUGAGUGUGUGGCAUCUGUGUCUUUGCACGACCAGAGUGUGCAGCAUCACUCUCCUGACACCGACCCCGACUUGGCGAUGUCAGCUGCACCUGGUCUCGCACACGAGUUCGAGUUUGACCACGAGGUCGAUGAUAAUUUGGAUCCAGACUUUCCCCCUGAUUUCGAUCCUAACCAGGAGAUCGAGUUUAUUCACCUGGACCAGCCCUUAGAGGCGCCCGUAGCUCCUAUUGAUCCUUUGUUUUACAUCCCUGCUGAUUUUAACAUGGACCUUGUUGACCCGGAGCCUGUCAUGGCCCCAGAGCCUGUAGUUGCUCCUAAUCCUGCAAUAGAGCAUGACCCUGGCAUACCGCCACCUCGUCCUGGAGAGGGGUCAUCGAGGCAGCCGCCUGUUUCUGCUCCACCCGUACUGUCAUCACCUUCUCCGUUCACAUCUCAGUUUCCACAUGUUGCACCACCUACUGCACCAUCCUUCAUGCCAUCGAGCGAGCCAUUUUUAUGGACUACGCCCCCUAUCAUGUCAUUGUCUGAUCCGUACCACCCGUACCAUGUUGGGUACUCUACGGAGGACAUACUUACAUCCUUGAUGACACAACAUAAUGCAUUGACACAUCGUAUUGAUGCGUGUUAG